AUGUCAUCCCGACGACCAAUCUACUACAACCCCACAGCCUCCAACGAGCGCAUCGCCUCCCCCCAAAUCGAAGGACUUCAAGCAUUCCACCAAUCCUUCCCCAACUACGCCCCAACACCACUAGUCCAAUUCCCAGAACUAGCAGCUGAACUCGGUGUCCGCAAUGUUCUCGUCAAAGACGAAAGCAACCGCUUCGGACUACCCUCAUUCAAAGUCCUAGGCGCGUCAUGGGGAUGUUUCCGCGCCAUUGCCGCGAAACUGGGACUACCCGCUACAGUAUCGCUCGCAGAUCUUUCAACGCGCGCCAAGGCAGAGUCUAUUGUCUUGACGACUGCUACGAUGGGGAACCACGGCCGCGCGGUUGCAUUCAUGGCUCGACUGCUGGGUAUCGAGGCUCGGAUCUUCGUUCCUGAGUGUAUGGACCGGGGAACCCGGGAUCGCAUCGCGGGGGAGGGAGCGAGGAUUGUGGUUGUAGCGGGUGAUUACGACAAGGCUGUUCAGGGAGCUUUGGAUGUAUCGCGGUUGGAAGAGGGGGUUCUUCUGAUUCAGGAUACUGCUUUUGCGGGAUAUGAGGAUGUUCCGGCGUGGAUUGUGGAGGGAUAUUCGACUAUGUUGAAUGAGGUUGAGGAUAGUCUUGCAGAGCUUGGUCUUGUGGCGAGUGUGAUGGUUAGUCCUGCGGGCGUUGGAAGUCUUGCGCAUGCCGUGGCGAGACAUUGCAAGUCGCGGAGUUCUCCGUUGUCCAUGGUUGCUGUGGAACCGGAUACUGCUGCUUGUUUAUCUGCUAGCUUGACUGCUGGUAAGAUGGUGACUACGCAAAGCUCGGAGACUAUUAUGGAUGGCAUGGACUGUGGAACGGUUUCAUCUACUGCUUGGCCGGAUUUGCAGCGUCUUGUUGACGCCUGUGUCAGUGUCUCGUCUUACGAGGCACACUGCGCUGUGCAGUAUCUGACAUCCAAGUCUGUGGCGGCUGGUCCUUGCGGGGGUGCGUCGUUGGCUGCACUGCAUCAUUUGGCGAAGGAGGGAUCUUCGCUUUUGAACAAGGAUUCUGUCGUGGUUCUCCUCAGCACCGAGGGUGCACGUCAAUACUCUAUUCCCAGAAGUGUCUCCGUCGAAGACGUCGUCGGCCUAACGCAGACUCUCACCCAGAUCAACUCCUCCAAUCCAACCCUGUCUGUCACGGAUGGAGUAGGCGAGACUGAGAUCGCUAAUUGGCUCGCUUCCUGGUUUGCACACCGUGAUAUUGAGUACCACUGGAUUGAAAAGGUCACAGGAAGACCAUCAAUUGUUGGUGUCCUGCGCGGUAGUGGAGGAGGCAAAUCUCUCAUGUUCAACGGCCACACCGACACUGUCAGCUUGUCCAGCUACGAGGCGGAUCCCCUAUCAGGCUCGAUCCAGAUCAAAAAUGGCAAGGAAGUCAUUGUUGGAAGAGGCUGUCUGGAUAUGAAAGGAGGUCUCGCCGCAGGUCUAGCAGCACUGGCAGCCACCAAAUCCAGCGGCCGUAUUCCCCGGGGCGAUAUCAUCAUUGCUGCAGUCUCGGACGAGGAAGAUGCUUCCCAAGGAACACAGGAUGUGAUUGAAGCCGGCUGGCGGGCCGAUGCCGCCGUUUUACCGGAGCCUACAGAAGGUGCCAUUCUAACUGCUCACAAAGGCUUCGUCUGGGUUGAAAUUGAUAUCCUGGGGGUUGCAGCACACGGCUCGGACCCAUCGGCGGGACAAGAUGCAAUUCUGUAUGCUGGAUCUUUCCUCCAGGCUUUAGAGCAAUUCCAGUCUGAGCUCCCCAUCGACGAAGCUCUUGGACAGGCAUCGCUGCAUUGCGGCUUGAUUCGUGGCGGCGAGGAACCAUCCUCAUACCCGGACAAAUGUACUAUCACAGUCGAGUUCCGUACUGUUCCUGUCCAAACUGAAGCGUCAAUCUUGAAUGAUAUGAGCCAGUUGCUGCAGGGAAUUGCUGAACAAAAUUCUCGUUUCAGAUAUGCUCAGCCUCGCAUCACCAUGUCGCGUCCCACACAGAAGGUGGCUGUUGACCAUCCCUUCGUAAGCCAGAGUCUUGCGACUGCAUCUUCUGUAUUGGGAAGUGAGCCCGUCGUCAAGAGUGGGCCGUUUUGGACUGAUGCAGCCCUGCUUGGUGCUGUUGGUGUUCCUUCUAUUGUUUGGGGUCCGAAGGGAGAAGGAUUACAUGCGAAAGAAGAGUGGGUUGAGGUUGAGAGUCUUCGCCAAUUCGAGAAGCUUUUCACACAGUUGAUACAGGACUUCUGUUGCUAG